AUGUCCGGCGAAGACUUGUGGGGAGACACGCUUCCAUACUGUUCAGAAUACUCGGAUUCGCAAGUUUAUGGACAGCUGGAUUCUGCAGGAGGACAAGAAUUAUUUACCCGCUGUCCACAGGAACUCGUCGAUAUUAUUGGUGCAUAUGUCCCACAACGAGACCUGCCAUCGUUUUCACUCGUCAGCAAGUCGUGCUACGCUGCGGGUAUUCGCAACCUGUAUGCACAUGCCACAUUGCAAGCGCACCUCUUUCGCGUCACCUCCCCCAACGUGCUCAGAGAAGAACUUGUCCCCAUCUCUCUCCUACUACCUCCUUCUACCACCCAUACGCCUCUAGCAGAUAAAGAUGCAGACCAAACGUCAUCCUCUGAAAAGAUUGAGUGGACCGGUUGCCCAACUCUGCGACGUCUCGUCAGAAAUAAAGUGCACCAAGCUGCCAUACGGUCACUUACGAUUCACUCGUACCCGUUUUCUGUCAACGCCCGGGCGUGUUUUCUCUCGCUCGUGCAGUACAUUUGUAACAACGCGCCCAACGUGCGCCAUAUCAACCACGCAUACUUUCCGACAAAACCCGUCAGACCACCGGAUAUCCCGAAUAGCUGGAGAGAGUCGCUAACAUCUAUCACUACGCGACAUGUGUGCUGGUGGAUCCUACGGGCUGUCAAGGGCGCCCGUCUCCGCAAGCUCGUUUUGAUACACUGCUCGACAUCUCUUGCCACCAAUAUGAUGAAUUGGCAUAGGAAUGGGGCGUUUGACGGUGCGAGUUUGAAGGAGUUGCACUACUUGUGGCACGAGUGGGACGAUAAGAUGUCCGAGCUCAGAUUCGAUUGGAUUGCAACGGUGUUUCCGAACCUCAUGGCGCUAAAUAUCAGCAUCUGUGGUUGCUGGGUGGACGCCGGCGCGUCAAACGAGGAGUACCUCAAGGCAUUUUGUGACCUUGUGUCCAAUUUGCCACAUCUCGAGUCGAUUACAAUUGGCGAACUAGAGGAGAACAGCGCCGAGGCCGAGCUGGAAUUUAUCCACCCCCUAUAUUCUGCUCAACCCACUCUACGGCAGAUUACAUUUUCGUGGAAGAUAUCUGCAUCCGCUAAAGUCGCCGAUUUUGUGGCAUGGGAGGAGUCACCACGGUCUGAAGCCGUUUGGCGUCUAACAGUUCCCGUCCAGAGGACAGAGAAGGCCUCUUGGACGCCUGAUCCUACAAACGCCGCCCGCUUCGAAUGGUGGUUUUCGACCUUUGGUCUCCCACAUAUUGCACGGCGUCAGAUGGAGCGGUUAUGGAGGCCACAUCUAUUUUCCGAAGAGCACAAAAGCUUUAUUCAGGCGCGAAAUCGUACGUGGAAGGACAUUCCGUCCGAAGAGAUUUUAUACGCAUACAUGUUCGAGCUGAUCAAAGCGGACUUGAUUGAGAACAAGAUGUGGGACGAUGCCUUUGCUAGAGGCGCAAGAGGGGGUUGGUAA